AUGAGUUCAUUCAGAGACUCAGACGAAGAAGAUAACAACCCUUUUUCUGGGACCAACCACCUAUACGCAUCAGGUAUCGCUGCAGUACCUGAAGAACAGAAUGAUUUCUUGUCUGCUGGGGGAUCAGAUAAAACACAUGACAUACUGAAUGAGACGAGGGAUAUGAUGAUGAGUAGGAUAUUUGGUGAAGGAACUAUUAACCAUGGUAGUGGGAAUUUAGCUGCGGAUAGGAUGAUUAAGGAAGGAGAGGAUGAUGGUAACGAGGAUGAUUUUGGGGCAGAUACGGUUUUGGUGGAUUCUGCAACUCACACUGCGAAUUCUUCUUAUUUGAGAGAUAGGAUGUCUUCAGGACAUCUUUCAAACAGCAGUAAGACUCAGCAUCUGAGUUCGUCACCUCUUUUAGAGCCGGCGGGGCAUCAUAACAACAAUCAUCAAGAGGUUCAACCGUGUAUUAAAAUCAUUGAUGCUGGGCAGUACAAGGACACGUUUGGGAAUUAUGCCAUUGGGUAUACAAUAUCUUUCAAUGAAUUUCAGGUCACUAGAAGAUACUCAGAGUUUGACACUUUGCGACAGGCUUUGACCAGGCUGCUACCUACUGUGAUCAUUCCUCCCAUUCCCUCCAAACAUCCACUAAUCAGGUAUUUCUUGAAUCCACUCAAUGCAGAAAACGAUAUUAAGAUCAUAGAUAAACGUAGAAGAUUGUUGUCUCGUUUUCUCAACAAUUGCUAUGACAUUGAGGACGUUAGGAUGCAUGUGAUAUUUCAGAAGUUUAUCAAUCCUGAAUACAUUUGGAGAGAUGUUUUAUUGUCGCCUCCUAUUUCAAUUCUUCCAGUGAACAACUUACUUGCCCCCCCACUAAAACCCACAAAGCCAAGUCCGUUGCACUUGUUACUUCCGACCCCGAGUCUACGUUCUGUGAGUAGAGUCAACCAUGAUGCCGGAGAUUUGAAAGCUGAGAAUAGGUUUGCAGAACUUGAAGUAAUGUUAACAAAAUAUCAAAAGUGUCUACAACCGUUAAUGGCGUUUGCAAGGCAAAAAAAGAUUCAUUUCAAACAACUAGCCUCUUCACUUUCUGAAUUAGGUGCCUAUUAUAAUGCUUUUAGUCUCGAAGACAAUGUUAUAAGUUUACCACAUCACGCUCACCAGAUUGAAGACUUAUCACGCGCUAUAGAGAAGAUCGGACAGGCAGUAGAUGUAAACUAUGUUAGCUCUGAAAUCUUGGUGGAUAAUAUAGUGGUGCUCUUGGAAGAGCCUGUUUCUGAAAUGAUCCAGUUCAUUCAAGAGGGUAAACAUGUCCUCAAAUUCCGGAAGUUAAAGAAACAACAAUACUACAUUAUAGACACUACCAUAAAAAGCCGCAAUGAGCGUAUUGAAGAACUAAGGAACUACCAGGCCCAAAUGGCUAGGCUGGAAGCGGCAUUGAAGCAAAAUGCAGAGGAAUCGCCUACUAUUGCGAGAGCAGUUCAACAACUGGAUGCACAGCAACAACAAAAACAAAGUCAACGAGAUUCCGCAGCCGCAGGAAGUGAAAAACAAUGGACCAAUUUAUUCAAGCCCAGAAGAGGGCCUCAAAGUGCUUCAGAUUCUCGUAGACCGCGCACAAUGACAGGAGACGUUGAAGCCUACUUGUUGACCGAGGAGGAACGUACCCAAGAGAUCUUCAAGAUUGAAAAGGAGUUGGAGAAGUUGAACGAAUGCCAUAAGUUGAUCAGGGGAGACAUGGUUCAAGUUAAUGAAUCAAUGCUGCAUAGUUUUGAAUGGUUCAUUACCUAUUUACAGGAUAAAUGGGCCAUAUUGUUGCGAGAGUUUUCCCGUACCUUGCUAAACUGGCUGAAAGAUUGUCUAGCAGCAUGGCAGAAUGCAAGAGCAGUCAUCGAUGGUAUUGAAGCUUAG